AUGUGAAAAAAUUGGAAGUAGCAAAAGAAAUGAUAAAUAUUCUGCGAUCAUCAUUUAAUGUCCCAACGUUCAUAUCGCGGACUAUUUCACUUUCAGCUGAGAGAUAUGUUGAUGUUCCCUCAUCAAAGCCACUGAAAGAGGAAAGAAAAAUUAAAAUAGAACAAGACAUAAAAGAUAUGCAAUGGCGUCAAAAACCACAUGAACAGAAAGGAGCCUGGUACAGCAAAUUUAAAGUAUUUCUAGAAGAUGACGAUGAAGUUUCAAGAGAAUCACUUAUGACAAGAGUCAUUCAACCUCUCGAUCUGAGACCUAAAAAAGUCAAAGAGUUUUUUGUGAAACAUGCAGAAGAGAAGGAACGUUUUCUACAACAAUUCAUCCCAGACAGACAUGAGAUUUUAGGAAACGAUCUAGCAGCAGCACAUUUUAUAUUGUUCCGGUUCGGACAAGUUAAGUUCAAGGGACAGAAUAAUUGGAUGAAAGCUGAUAGUGAAAGAAAUUUCAAUCUCCCUGAUAAAUAUGUCUCAAAUAUGUUUCUCGAAGCAAUUGAUUGUGAAAAUAUGACUUUGUAUUACGAAGGAUUAGAUAAUAUUAGACGGCUAAAACAUCUUCGUUAUUUAUCUUUUAAAAAUGUCAAAAAAUUUGAUGACUGGUGUUUGGACCGCGUCAGUAGUUUAGAGCUUGACAAUCUCUCAGUUCUGAUCUUGUCAGGAACAGAAGUAACUUUCAGAGGAUUAGGAGCUUUGUAUAGAAUUCCAUCACUUAAACGUCUUACUCUCGACAAACCUUAUCGAGAUCCUGAAUGGAAAUUGACAAUUGCUAUGCUUCAAGAUAUAUUACCAGAGUUAGAAAUAAUCGAAUCAACACCUCCAAUUGAGAAGAUUGACAAAAAAUAG